AUGGCGACCCACCAGACGACGACGUCGGCCCUUGGCCUCAACGAGCUCGGCAUCGACGCCAAGUGCACGGUGUUCCACAACAUGACGUACGACCAGAUCGCCGAGCACGAGGAGCGCUACAAGGAAGGCGUCUUCACGGCCAACGGCACGUUCGCGGUCGACACGGGCAAGUUUACCGGUCGCUCGCCCAACGACAAGUUCAUUGUGCGCCAGGAGCCCUCGGCCCAGCACGUGGACUGGGGCAAGGUCAACCAGCCGACGACGGCGGCCGUUUUCGACACCUUGUACGCCAAGGCGACGGCGCACUUUUCCAAGGCCGAGAAGAUGUACGUCUUUGAUGGCUACUGCGGUGCCAACGAGAACUCGCGCCUCAAGGUGCGCAUCAUCACGGAGCUCGCGUGGCAGCACCACUUCGUGACCAACAUGUUCAUGCGCCCCGAGUACAAGGACGUGGCGCCCGGCUCGGGCUUUGCCGCCGACUUCACGAUUGUAAACGCGUGCAACAUUGUCGACGAGGACUGGAAGGCGCACGGCCUCAAGUCGGAGGUGUUUGUCAUCUUCAACAUUGAGAAGAAGAUGGCGGUCAUUGGCGGCACCUUUUACGGCGGCGAGAUGAAGAAGGGUAUCUUCUCCAUGAUGAACUACUACCUCCCGCUCAAGGGUAUCAUGCCCAUGCACGCGUCGGCCAACAAGGGCCCGAAGGGCGACACAGCCAUCUUUUUCGGCCUCUCGGGCACGGGCAAGACGACCUUGUCGGCCGACCCGAAGCGCGCGCUCAUUGGCGACGACGAGCACGGCUGGGACGACGCCGGUAUCUUCAACUUUGAAGGCGGCUGCUACGCCAAGACGAUCAACCUCAGCGCCGCCAACGAGCCCGAGAUUUACGCGGCCAUUCGCCGGGACGCGAUGCUGGAGAACGUCUGGCUCGACGGCCAGAAGGUCCCGGACUAUUACAACAUUGAGAAGACGGAGAACGGUCGCGUCUCGUACCCGCUCUACCACAUUAGCAACCACGAGCCGACGUCGGCCGGCGGCCACCCGGCGGUCGUCAUCUUUUUGACGUGCGACGCGUACGGUGCUCAGUACCACUUCCUCUCGGGCUACACGGCCAAGGUCGCGGGCACCGAGCGCGGCAUUACCGAGCCCCAGGCCACGUUCUCGGCGUGCUUUGGCGCGGCCUUUAUGACGCAGCACCCGAUUGUGUACGCCGACCUGCUCAAGAAGAAGAUUGAGGCCCACGGCACGCGCGUCUACCUCGUCAACACGGGCUGGACGGGCGGCGCGUACGGCGUCGGCUCGCGCAUGUCGCUCAAGUACACGCGCAAGUGCAUUGACGCGAUCCUCGACGGCUCGAUCGAGGACGCCAAGUUUGAAGUCGACCCGAUCUUUGCCGUCGCCGUCCCGACGUCGGUCGAGGGCGUGCCCGCCGAGAUGCUCAACCCGGCGCUCGCGUGGGCCGACAAGGCGCAGUACAAGGUCAUGGCCAAGAAGCUCGCGACCGAGUUCCGCGCCAACUUUACGCAGUACGUCCUGCCCAACCACACGGACUACUCGUCGUUUGGCCCCAACCAGGCUUAA